AUGAGGGUGAUCUUUGUUACCACAGAGGUGGCGCCCUGGAGCAAGGUUGGGGGCCUGGCGGACGUCAUGGGGGCGCUGCCCCCAGCCCUUGCAGCCAGGGGCCAUCAGGUGAUGACCGUGUCCCCGCGGUAUCAGGCAGCGGAGGAUGUGCUGCCCACCGACCUCAGCGUCCCGCUGGACCUCCCCGCCCCCGAGGAGCGUGGCCCCGACGAGGGCGAUGAGGAGGCCGAUGAGGCCCUGGAUACAACGGCGCGCCUGUUCCUGGCCCGGCAGGACGGCGUGGACCACGUCUUCGUGGACCACCCGCUCUUCCUGGCCGGCGGCGACAUCUACAGCUGCGGCCCCUCCCUGGGGGUGACCACCUACAUGGAGGCGGGGCAGGGCGCGGCCGCCGCGUCCCUGGACCUGCGGUACAGUGCCUGGAUGGAGGCCGCACUGGAGGGCCUGGAACUGUCCUUCCCGGGUCAGGCCGCCGGGCUGCCGCUCUUCUCAGAGGAGCUGGCGCACUGGCUGAUGGCCGGCUCCGACUUCGUGCUCAUCCCCUCCCGCUUCGAGCCCUGCGGCCUGGUGGCGCCCUGCGCCAUGCGGUACGGCACCGUCCCGCUGGUGGCAGCCACGGGGGGCCUGCAGGACAUGGUGGACGCCAAGGUCGGGUACACGGUGCCGAGGCUGGGCAGCGAGACGUCGGCCGUGGAUGUCCGGCAGGACGUCCUGCACCUCAUCCAGGCCAUGCGCCGGGCCGCUGCGACAUGCGGCACGCCGGCGCACGAGGCCUUGCAGGCCGAGGGCAUGGCCCGGGACGUGUCGUGGGCGGUGCCUGCCGCGGAGUGGGAGGCCUGGUUGGCGAGCCUGUGA